AUGUCCCUACUACUGCUGCUGCUCCUGCUGUUACCGCCGGCACCAGUCCAGCUGUGGCCACAGUUGGAGGACCCCUGCCAAUGGCAAGUGGUACUCAACAAGUACAGCACCUUGGGAGGAAAGGGCAGUGAAAGGUUUUUCCAACAAGACCCAAUUUCCGAUGUAGACGAAUUCUUCGACAAACUGGAGGAUUCACCCAUUGACCACACAGAGACGUACAGGGCUUUCCCUUACUUCAUGAAGAUUAACUUCACCUGCCCAGGAGAGAAUUCAGAAGCCUUUGUCCGUGGAGGCCACCUUAAGGGCCUGAUCCCCAUUGUGCUGGUCACCUUCUCCGCCCCCGUGAAUUUCCGGAGAUGGAAAUCAGAGAGGUUGCAAAUCGAGAUGGCGGGGGCACCAUUCAGAAGCCAAGUGCCCUGCUCUGCUGAGGGGGCCUGUGUCAUGAAUUGGUACACCCCGAUGCCCAUGAAGAAUGGCAGUGUAGUGAUGGAAGUUGAAAUCUCUAGCAAUCAACUGGGGGAGCUCAUUGGGAAUGCCAGGUACAUGAUAAAUAUCAAUGGGUAUCUGAAAAAAGACAAGGGCAAACUGAUCUUUACCCUGGGAAGUGAGGUCAGGGCCAUGACCCACAGGGACUUCAUCAAUUCACCAUCGAGGCCUGUCUGGGCUACGGUGGGCCAGGCUCCUGUGCUCAUCCUCGGUGGCAUUCCAGAUGAGAAGAUGAUUCUCAUCUCUGACUCCAGCUUCAAGGAUAUCUCCCUAGUGGAGCUGAACAUCGAUAGCUGCUGGCUGGGCUCUCUUCAUUGUCCUCAGGAGCAGUUCACAGCCUCCAUCUUUGACACCAUCUCCACCGAAAGUGUCCUCUUCAUCCGACAGAACCAACUCGUCUACUAUUUCACUGGCAAUUACUUCCAAAAGGCUGGAAAAGGGCAUAGUACCAGCAAUUGGGUCCAAGUCUUGCAUAGUCGGUGUAUCAAGAAACUUUGUCCUGUGGAACUCCACAGCAAUGGCUCUGAGUACAUCUUGGCCUUGGCUGGGGGCGAAGAGGAGGGCUUCUUUCACUUUGGGACCAUCACAGAUGGCAAAGUGACUUUUAGGAGAAUGCCUAACAUGAAAUCGAUGUGUGACCUCCAGAAAGCCCCAGAGUGUUGGCUCCACUGGGUGGUGUACAACACGGAGGACCACACUUUCUUGCUUCUCAUGGAGUUUGCUCAAGGCAACAAGACGCGUUUCCAGGUUUUACAGUACUCACCAAUUCGUAAAGGCUCCCAUAUGGAUUCAGUCAACUUGCUCUUUCAAAUUCCCCCUUUCAUCCCCCUGGGUGAAGAAAAGGACUUUGUGAUGCUGCUGGGCAUGGAGAAGUACACUGACUACCCCCUGGUGCCCAAGGGUCUCUUCUACAACCCUUUCUCCCACCUGCUGCUCAUUUGGGGCAAUGCUAUUCUGCAGAGCUUUGACAAUAAGAAUUACAUUUACAUGGCCGGCUUCCCCAAGGAGUCCUCAAUAAAGUACAUGGCCAGUUCCUACAAAGGCCAAGUGGUCUGUGUCACUGAGACUGAGGAGAUCUGGUUCAUUGUUGAAGGCAGCUUCAAGGUGUAUCGUCUGUACCCAUCAGGUGGCUGGGACAUUCUUUUCGCCCUUUCCCAGAUGCAGGGCUCAAGUCUAUAUUCAACCAAUGAGACCUCAGUCAGCAUCUUCUUUGAUAGUAUGGGUCUGCAGCAGCUAGUUUACCUGGUUAACCAGAAAGGGGAAGGAAAGCUGGUGAAAAGGCAUCUGCCAAUGAAUCAAAUCCUGGUGUAUGAGCUGCUGGAUCUAACUACAUAUGAGAUCGAUAGUGACCUGGUUCCAACAACCCUCUCCUACAAUAAUCCCUGCCCUUUCGAAAUUUUGAGGCUGGUGAACCUGCCAAACCCACAAAAAUACACACGGAUGGAGCGCUACCAUGCAGAGGCACCUUUGGUGAACUCUGAGUCUGGGUUCCACACCAAAGUCUCUUUGGCCAUCUACCAGGGCCUUGUCUACCACCUCCUCUUGCUGCAUGCCAAGUAUAAUAAGCCCUAUGCUGAUCCUGUCCAUGACCCCACCUGGAGUUGGUGGAAGGAUAAGAAGCAACAUAAGGAUUUCUAUUUUUAUAAAGCAAGUAAUUUUCAGACUAUGUAUGGAGUGCACAUUAAAAUGGAUGGCUAUGAAAAGCUUUAUAAAUUGAAUGCCCAGAAUCUCCUGCCUGAAUACAUCUACCUGGACAAGGGGACCAUCUACAGCUUCUCCAUUUACCUUAUGUGUCACAAAACUACUUGGAAAAACACCUUCCUGGGCAAACAGAGGCAUUUGCGUCUGGCUGUGAUAUUGGCCGACCCCAUGUGUGUGUCAGCAACAGUGAAUGAACAUUAUCUCAUUAACCGAAAUGCCAUCCUCUUCCAGGUGUCUGUCAAGGACAAACUCAGAUGUUUCGAUCAAAGCAUCAGUGGACAUAACCUGAUGAAAACAGCCUUAUUCAUCAAGGUGGUCGGCUCAGCUGGGAAGUGCUUUCAUAGAACCCAAUAUGGAUAUGUGAUGCAGGGCAAUAACAUGAUCCCCAUGUUCAUCGGCUGUCCCCCAGGCAAGCGGUUGGCCUUUGACAUCACCUUGACCCUUCAGCAGAACAAGGAGACCAAUAAAAGAUACUUUGACUGCGUGUACCCAGACCCUGAAAUGCCUUGCUUCUUAUUCAGUGAUCCUUUCUUCCCUUUCUUCCUAAUCCAAGACCUGGUGACUGGUGAGUCAGGAAGCUUCAAUGGCAGCUAUGUCCUGAAGGUGAUUGGAGGAGGAACUUCCCAGGAUCACAUUGUGGAUUACUCAGAGGCUGACAUCUUCCGCUACAACAGUCCUACAGACAAUACCGACAGCCUCAUCUGGAUUGCCAGGGACAGCCCGAUGGCUAGCGAUUCCUUUAGCAUCCUGAGCAAUAACAGCUCUGGCAUUGAGUGGCUGUGCCUGAGGAAUUCUCCUUGUUAUGACAUCAUUCCCAACUCUAUCUUUUCUCCUGAUUUCUUUUUCAAAAUCAUGGUGAGCAACAGGGGUGUGGACACCAGCACCUACUGCGAUUAUCAACUCAUCUUCAUCCUCCACAUCCAUGGCCUCCCACUCAGCAAUCACAAGGCCCUCUUGUUCCUGUGGGUAACCAUAACUGUACAGUUAGCCUUUAUUUUCCUCUACGUCUCCUGCUGCUUCUUCUGGCCAGGCUUGAAGCAAUGGUGGUCGCACUUUAAGUGGAAGCUCAAUGAUAUCAUCAUGGCAGAGUCUUUCUCAACAUACUCAUCCUCCAGCAGUUCUCUCCCCUCCACGAUCAGUAUGAAGGUCAAUGAAUUACAGACCACUGACACAGAAACGAAUUCUUUCCCAAAGUCAAGACCCAAGAAAAAAACCUGA